CAUGGCGCUGCAAAGCGGAGGUGAUGCUGGACCGUGUCAACUAACUUUACCGUUUUAAUUUUCGUCCGUUUACUGUUUAAAUUUUGUGGGUGAAAAAAAAAAACGGUUAUAAAUAUGACUCCUCGGGUGACAUCAUGAACCAGACUUGUGUUUUAAACAAUGAAGGACGACAGCAAGUGAGAAACCGGUGACUAGCGUCGGCUAGGUUAGCACCGCUUAGCCGCACUGUUGAUGGUCACGCUGCUAACGCUUUAGCUAUGCUAAAUGUUUUGGUAGACAGGACCGUAGUAGUAGUAGGUGGAUUCACACACAGAUGACUCCUUCGUAUUAUUUACUUUGACAACAGUGUGUCGUGGUAGUUUAGAGGUGACUAGUGAGCCGGUCGAGCUGGAACCAUGGCCAUGCUCCGGGUGUGGAUGUUGUUACUCGGAGCGGCGCUUGUGGAGCUGUGUGAAGGCGCGCCUCUUCCGCGUCCACUGUCAGCAGGGGAUUCUGCAGAUGAAUCACAUUUUCCUCUGAGUCUUAUGCUGGUUGUGUCUGUGACUGUCCUGGUGGCUACAGUGGUGGUGUUGCUAAACUGUGUAACCUGCUGCAAAGAACGAGAGAUCAACUUUAAGGAGUUUGAAGACAACUUUGAGGAUGAGAUCGACUUCACCCCUCCAGCAGAAGAUACCCCGUCCAUGCAGUCUCCAGCUGAAGUGUACACACUGGCUGUGCCGCAGGCGCCCAUGCCUGGACCUCCACACCUCCAACUGCCCCGGAUAGCAGAAGUCUCAACAGGCCCACAUGUGGCACGCCACACUCUUAGUUACAUUCAAGAGAUUGGGAGCGGCUGGUUUGGCAAGGUGUUGCUCAGUGAAAUCUAUUCAGACCCUAGUAUAUCCAGAGUGGUGGUCAAAGAGCUGAAGGCCAAUGCCAGCUCCAAGGAGCAGAACGACUUCCUUCAGCAGGGAGAUCCGUACAGGGUUCUUCGGCACCCAAAUAUCCUGCAAUGCCUUGGGCAGUGCGUCGAGGCUAUUCCUUUCCUGCUAGUCUUCGAGUACACUGAACUGGGCGAUCUGAAAAGCUAUGUUACUCAGCAUGAAUGGCUGUACAGGAACGGAGAGCUGCUGCAGCUGCAGAAGAUGGCCUGUGAGAUUGCUGCUGGACUUACUCACCUGCACAAGCACAACUUUCUGCACAGUGAUUUGGCCCUGAGGAACUGUUAUCUUACAACAGACAUGACUGUCAAAAUAGGGGACUAUGGUAUUGGCCCCUCGAGAUUUAAAGAGGAUUACAUCACUACUGAGGAGGACCAGUGUGUUGCUUUGCGAUGGCUUGCGCCAGAGCUGGUUGGUGAAUUGCAUGGAGGUGUGAUAACAUCAGAACAGACUAAGCCUGGUAAUGUUUGGGCUUUGGGUGUGACCUUAUGGGAGCUAUUCGAGAGAGGAACACAUCCCUAUACACACCUGUUAGAUAAAGAGGUUCUUCAUCAUGUCAUUAGAGAUCAACAAAUCAAACUCCUCAAGCCUCACCUCGAUCUACCGUAUUCAGAAAGAUGGUAUGAGGUACUGCAGUUUUGCUGGCUUCCUGCAGACAAAAGGGCCACAGCUGAGGAGAUUCACCGGCUGCUCACUUACCUCCGGAUGCAGGGGCAAAAAGAAAUCGAAGACGAUUUUGAGCAGCGUUGGAGCUCCCUGAAGCCUAAUCCUGCUGCCCGGCAGACUACUGUCAGUCAUUCAUCCUUCCCUAUCUUAGAGCAAUUCGAUGAUGGCCGAGAACCGGAUGAGGUGCUUACUGUGACAGAGACAAGUCACGGCCUUAGUUUUGAGUAUGUGUGGGAAGCUGCAAGACACGACCACUAUGACAGCCACACUCGCUCUUCCAUGGAAACCACUCUCAAUUACCACAGCAUGUUUUUCCCAGUGCCACAGCAGGAAAUCCAAGCACACUUCCCAGAGACUGCAGGUGAAGCAGAGGCUGAAAGAGUCCCAGGUACCCUGCCAGUAUUUGAUGCACGAGAGGGCAACUCUGGCAACGAGUACUACAUUCAGCUAGAGGAACAAGACGAAAGUGACCUUGGAGUCAGGGAAAGUGAGAAUGCUGAUGGAGCCGCUGCAUCAAACAAGGAACAAUAUGUCAUCUUACAGGACGUCAAGUUAGAUGAGUCUAGCACAGAUGCAGAUUUCUUUCAUCAGAGCAUAGACUCUAAAGACUCAUUUCUACAGGACAGCCAUAUAUGGUCCUCGAGUGAACACGAAAGUCCUUACCAAGCUGAUAUUUUUGGUGAGAAAGAUUCUAAAUUGGAAGAAGCUCAUUCGUUCAGAAGUGAUUUCAUGGAACUCCCUGAGAUUCGAUCAUUUCACGCUGACACCAAGGGCGCAGUGGAGAAUGAGAGUCUGAGCACUUCCUUUGAAGGUAUCGGACAAGAAGCUGAUCAUUUGGACGUGAUAAAGCUUCUCAAUACAGAGAAACUCGUUGACAACUUUGUGUUCCUAAAAGAAAACAACCUAAUUAAAGAGAGUUCUGGUUUUUCAGAGUCCAGAGACAUGCAGGAAACGGAUGUAUCGCUAAGCCUCUUUGAUGAUAUAAAUGCCACAAAUAAUUUGAACGGUACUGAUAAUGCUUCAAAGCCUAUAGUAACUUCUGCACAGCUUAAGGAGGAAUUCUUGGAUUUGGUAAAUCCAAUUUUAAGAGAUUUUCUGUCACCAUUAAAAGAAAGUAAAACACUGGUGCCUUCAGAUAAAUUAUCAACAGAAGAAACCUAUAGCAACCAGCUGCCAGACACAACUGGCUCUUUAAAUGAGGGAACUGCUAAACUAGGCGGCUGGAUUUAUUCUACUCUCGAGUCUACGCCCGAGAGCGCCGAAAUCGUUGUCUCAAAUCCUACCGGUAGUCAUCAGUUUAAUGAUGAAAGUGCCGCCACAGACGAUUUGUGCACAGAUGCCAAUACCUCUGGCCUUGAAGAAUGCCUCGCUGUCUCUGAGGAGAACAGGCAAGACAUAGGACUUGUAGAAGACUGUUCUGAGCAGAAGAGCCAGCUCUCUUCACCUCUAGAUAAAUCUACAGAAGGAGUAGAUAGUGGUAUAACAGAAGGCUUAACAAGUAGUGAUUCCUUCAGUGACAUGCUUUCAGAUGGGGAGGUCAUGAGCAAAAUCGAAGAUGCUCCAUUGCAAGAUGCUCAAAAAGAACGCAAUCACGAUUCUCAGGAUAUGUGCUCAUCAUUGAUUGUGGACUCUUAUUUGGACCAGAUCAGCCGAGACAGCCUUCUAGAAGACAGCAUGUCAUUGACCUUUCCCGCUGUUGAGAACUCAGCUGAAACCCCUGAUUCAUUAGAUUCUCUCAACAUGCAUAAAGAGGUGGGGCAUGAGAAAACACUGGAUCCUAACAUUCAUAAGCUCCAACCACUUAACAGACCUGCUGACAGUGGAUAUGAAACCGAGAACAUUGAAUCACCUGAGUGGAAUUCCCAACCAAGCAUGAACAAUGUCUCAGAGGAAGAUGUAAAUAGUGCUAAAGAGCCUGCUGCUGCAAAGCUGAUUCCUCCAGAAAUAAUAGUUUCUGAAGUAGACGGUGUACCUGAUGUUCAGGAAAAUAGAGAUGGUCUACACCAAGUACUUAGUGAUGCACCUGUUGGUGGUAGCUAUAGAGACUCUGCUUACUUCUCUGACAAUGAAGAACUGGAUAAGAAAAGUGAUGAUGUCAGUGGUGGAACUCCUGCUGAUUCAUCUCCUCAAGUUGAGAACUCUUCCACUCAUCAUACGAGUGCGUCAGCAGAAGGGUUCUCAGCUCUCCCAGAAGGUGUAGCGUCCGGUGAUCAUCAAGAACAUGUUGGUCCUACAGUUGAAUUAGUCUCAAGUCAAGAAGAACCCUGGGAUAAAGAAAAGCAGGCAUCAGAUUUAACUUGCAAAAAAGAGAGAUUGGACUUCUUCUCUGAUCUCUUAACAGAUCCACCUCAUUCUAGUUUGGCCCCAGCAGCUCAUGAAGAUGCAUCCUCUACCUCAGUGAUGUCUUCAGCUGAAAACGUAGUCCACGCAAAACUAGUGAGGACUUAUGCUGGAGAAGUCCCAAAGAAAAAGGAGCCUGAUAUGGAGGGAAGAUACCUUGGCAAGCUGGAUGGAGCUGCAGCGACCGGAGGUUCCGAAGACGGCAUGGAAGCCGAUGAGGAGGACGAGAACAGCGACGAUUCCGAUGAUGACAUGUGUGCCUACAGACUGCACAGUUCCGGGUCAGAAAGUGACGACGAUGCUGUGUACCCGGUUCCUGUUAUAAUCUCUGACAACAGUGACGCCUGCAACCUCAAAAGCUUAUUAAAACCUAAAUCGCUUCAGAUGGACAAAUCUGCAACAGCAUUGAAUAGUAACGCAGUAAACAGAAGAGUAGUGUCCUUCUUCGAUGAUGUCACUGUUUACCUCUUUGACCAGGAAACCCCUACAAAGGAGCUCGGAGAGCACAUCUCAGGCUCCAACAGCCAGAUGUCUGAGUUUAGCAGCCCAGUGGCCUCCUCCAGUUACCUAAACAGGUUUACCAACUCAGAAAGUUCCACAGAUGAAGAAGGUGGAGCAUUUGAGUGGGACGAUGAUUUCUCUCCAGAACCGUCUUUUCUCCCCAAGUCAGGAAGCGAUCAGUCUGUAAGCAAGGCCACAACAGCGUAUUUCUCCCCGCCUCCUGCGAGCCGUUCCUCAGAGCAGAGCUGGAGCAGCUCCACAGCAUAUUCCCGCUUCUCCAUCUCUCCAGCCAACAUCGCCAGUUUCUCCCUCACCCAUCUCACAGACUCAGACAUUGAACAAGGAGGAAGCAGUGAAGAUGGAGAAAAAGACUGAAGACUGGAUGCAGUAUUUGGGCUAAAAAGACACGUUUUGUAAGUGUUAAAGAGAAUUCAGACACUUGCCUCGAAGGCUGGGAUAAGCUUCUCAGGCAGCAUCAUUUCUUUGGAGAGAAACUGCACAGAGUGAAUCACUGACGUCAACGUUCCCUAUUUCUGUUCCCUUCUUAUACUUCAGCAGAUGAAGCAAUGCAGUCUCUCACACCUCCAUAAACAGUUUUUGAGUCUGUAAAAUUGAAGGAACUUGCUGUGCUUGAACCGCUUUAAGUCUUUAAAGCGCUUCCUAAUAAUUUGUCUUCUUUGUCUGUGUAAGUUCAUGUCACAUUUUGUCAACAUUUUCACUGAACGACUGAGCUGGACUUUUCACAGAUCACCGAUCGGUCAGUAGACUGCUAUGCGGCUCUGCAGUUUUCUCUUGUGGUACUUGGAUUGAAACACAAAAUUUUAUGUGUUGAACGUGUAAUGCUUAUCUGUUGUUAAGAACUAGCUUUGAAAUAAGAGUAGCACUCAUGGUUAAAAAUAUUUUUGCACAACGUUUUGACUACACAUUUUUUAACGGUGGCCUACAAUUUAUUGUACCUAAAACGAAACUUUCGUCAACUUUGUAGUUUGAUGAGAGAUGCAGAAGGAUGCCGAUUAUGAAAUGAAGUUCAACCAUUCCAAAAUCGUCAAAUUACACAAAGAGAUCUGUAGAGUGUCAUUUUGGUUAAAUUAUGUUCUUGGCUGUGUUUCUUUCAGGAUUUUCCUAUUAGUUCAGUGUUCAUCCAUCUAUCCUUACUGAGAGGUAAGGAGCAUCAUUUUCCCUGAAGAAUUGUUGCUUCAGUGGGAUUUUAGGAAGUUUUCUUCCAUUUCACAGUUUAGUAGGACCGGGCAGUAUAUCUUAAAAAAAAAAAAAAAAACUAACAGCAUAUAGGACUCUCAGAUUUCAGAAAAAAAAAAAUCAAAAGUAUUUUUUGAGGAUCAUGCAUGAGCAGAUGUAUUUAAAUAUGGAAAAAAAUAUGGUGAAAAGAGAAAACGUUGAAACUUGGACCAUUUUAUUGGUUUGUUUUAUGCAAAUUAACCAAAAUUUGUCAAGGUGAUUAAAAGCCGCUGAGCAGCUGA